UUUAAUUCACGUCUGUUUCUUCGAUCUCACGUAUGACAACACACCAGCAGCCAAAUCAAAGAGACUCCAGACUUUGUAGCCUAAUUGAAGUGAGACACGUGCUUUAAUCACUACUGCUGCUGAUUUUCCGCAUUUUGAAUCAACGAAGAGGCUGUGUGAAGCUAGAAUGUCGUUUCCCGUGCUGAAAAACGACAGGCUGUUGAGGGCCGCUCGCGGCGAGGAGGUCGACAAAAUUCCCGUGUGGGUCAUGCGUCAAGCAGGAAGAUACCUACCAGAAUUCCGUGAAUUGCGUUCGAGACACGACUUUUUCACAAUUUGCCAAACACCGGAGUUGGCUGCAGAAAUCACCCUUCAACCGAUCCAAAGGUUCGAUCUAGAUGCUGCCAUUAUCUUUUCCGAUAUUUUGGUCAUUCCUCAAGCCCUUGGAAUGGUGGUUGAAAUGAGACCUGGAGUUGGCCCAGUUUUGCCGGAACCUUUAGAAACCCCAACUGAUUUACAAAGACUUCAACACCCUGUUGACGUGAAUGCAACCCUUGGUUACGUUUUCAAAGCUAUAACUUUGACUAGGCACAGACUGGAGGGAAAAGUUCCCCUUAUUGGAUUCUCUGGUGCUCCGUGGACACUGAUGGGCUACAUGAUUGAGGGAGGUGGGACAAAGACCAUGUCCAAGGCAAAAGCGUGGCUUUACCAAUAUCCAGAGGCCAGCAAAGAGCUUCUGCAGCUUCUUACUGAUGUGACUGUGGACUAUCUUGUAGGCCAGGUGCAAGCUGGUGCUCAGCUGUUACAACUGUUUGAAUCAAAUGCCGACUUUUUGGGUCCUGCUCUGUUCUACCAGUUUGCCUUGCCUGCCAUUGCGGAAAUAAACCAGAGAGUGAAAGAAAAAUGCAAGCAGCUCAAACUUGAAAUUGUGCCAAUGACGAUUUUUGCCAAAGGAGCACACUACGCUCUAGAGGAGCUAUCCAAGUGUGGCUACGACGUGAUCAGUCUGGACUGGACUUUGGACCCAGAGCAGUCCAGGCAGAGAGUGGGGCCUAACAUCACGCUGCAGGGCAACCUUGAUCCCUGCGCCCUAUACGCACCAAACGUAACUCUGGAGGGCGCGGUCAGAGAAAUGGUGAAUAAAUUCGGCAAGAAGCGGUACAUCGCGAAUCUUGGGCAUGGAAUUUAUCCAGACAUGGACCCGGAGAGUGUCAGAAUCUUCAUAGACACCAUUCACAGCUUCUAAUUACGAUUGAGGAAAAUUUUGAUAUAAAAUAUUAAUUCAAAUAAAGGUUGUUGAUUUUGUUAAAAA